GCUGGGUGAAUCUUAAUUGUGUAAUGUUCAUUGACGAGUCAGCACAAUGCUACUGAGACCGCGGAGGAGCACCGAGCCGAACCGAGCAGAGCGAUGAAAUGCUCCCACCGAGGAGGACGCAGAUGGACAGCUUGGUUGAGCCGCUGGUUGCCCAGUACCUCGCCAUGGGAUGUCAGUCAAAGGAGAACCAAAACGAAAGCAUAACGGCAGACGAAAAGGGGACAGACGAUAUGAGGGUGACUUCAGGAUAUACGCCCACCAGGUCUAGAGUUUCUCCUCCUCGCCGUCCUCACAGGUUCCACAAACCCGUCUCAUCCCCGAUCACUCCAAAUAAAUCAAUAAUGUCUCUGGGACCUCUCACCAAAGCAAGCUGGGAAGAACUCAUCCAGGCUUGUCUGGAGUUGUUUGAUGCGGAUGGUUGCGUGAGGAAGACCAGCCACCUGCUGAACAUCACCCUGACCAUGCAUCGUCUCCUCAUGUCCUCCAGUGACCUGCUGGACAAACUCAUCAAUCUUUUUAAAACAGCUCUGGAGAAUGAUCAGCCAUCAGAAUGCCAGAGGAUAUGCUACCUCAUCAGACAUUGGAUUCAGGAAUUCUGGAUGAUGUUCCGCUUGCCCCACAGCUUGUCCGACAGCCUGGACGACUUCCGUGAUCUGCUCAGAGAACACGGACAAGAGCAUCUUUGCUCUCUCCUAGAGACCAAAUGGAUAAAUGAACGAGAACGGUCGUGGAAAGCCAGCCAGAGGAUUCAAGCUAACUAUAGUAAAAAGAGGAAAGUUUCACUUCUUUUUGAUCACCUGGAACCCAGUGAGUUGGCUGAUCACCUCACUUUCCUGGAGUUUAAAUCCUUCUGUAGAAUAUCAUUUGUAGACUAUAUAAAUUACAUCCGAAGCUGCUGCAUGAAGGACAUCCCUGUGCUGGAGCGUUCCAUCGCCCUGUGCAAUGGGAUUUCCCAGUGGGUUCAGCUGAUGGUGCUGAGUCGGCCAACAGCUCAGCUGAGAGCUGAGGUUUUCACCAAGUUUAUCCAUGUUGCAAAGUGUCUACAUCUUAUGCACAACUAUAACACACUAAUGGCAGUGGUGGGAGGGCUUUGUCACAGCUCGAUAUCAAGACUGAAAGACACCACAUCACUUGUACCGAAUGAGGUCACCAAGGUACUAAAUGAGAUGACGGACCUGCUGUCCUCCUGCAGAAACUACGACAACUACAGACAAGCUUAUAACAAAGUGACAGGUUUCAAAAUCCCAAUCCUUGGUGUCCAUCUCAAAGACCUUAUUUCAGUCAACGAAGCCAUGUCAGAUUAUGUGGAUGACAACAAGGUGAAUGUCCAGAAGCUCCAGGCACUUUACAACCACAUUAAUGAGCUCAUUCAGCUGCAGCAGAUUCCUUCCCAACUGGACGCAAAUAAGGACCUUGUUCAUCUAUUGACGUUGUCCUUGGACCUGUACUAUACUGAGGAUGAGAUUUAUGAGCUGUCUUACGCACGGGAACCAAAGAACUGUAAAGCACCGCCAGCAACCCCCUCCAAGCCUCCAGUUUAUGUGGACUGGGCUUCGGGAGUGGCUCCUAAACCCGAUCCUAGAACCAUCAGCAAACAUGUGCAGAGGAUGGUAGAUUCUGUGUUUAAGAACUACGAUCUCGACCAAAACGGAUUUAUUUCUCAUGAUGACUUUGAGAAAAUUGCUGCAAGCUUUCCCUUCUCCUUCUGUGUCAUGGACAAAGAGAAGAAAGGUCUUGUAAGCAGAGAGGAGAUCACGGCUUAUUUUAUGCGAGCCAGUGUUAUCUGCUCCAAAUUGGGCCUGGGUUUUGUUCACAACUUUCAGGAAACAACUUACAUGAAACCCACUUUUUGUGACAACUGCUCAGGGUUUUUAUGGGGUGUCAUCAAACAAGGAUAUAGAUGCAGGGACUGUGGCAUGAACUGUCACAAGCUGUGCAAGGAUCAGGUGGCGUUUGAGUGCAAGAAGAACACCCGAUCGACCAACACCGUUGACAGUCCAACACCAAGCUCCACUCCGAUUGCAUCAAGCACCUCAGAGGGGUCAGAAGAGUGUCCGUUCCCUUACCCGUCAGAUGGCAGGAGGGACUGGAGCCCAGAAUCUCCAAUCACACCCAACUGGAGGCCUGCAAGAGUCCACAGCUACACCCAGACAGAGGGACCUCAGUUAUCCUCGAUGACACCUGAAGCCAGCCGCCUUCAGUCGUCUCUCCUAAUCCCCGUCCCGCCCAUCCUCCCCUCCUGCCCCAGCCCUGUGCCCUUGAGAAAACAACGAUACUGUGCAAAGUGGGAGAACAGAGCCUCCAUCUUGCAAAAACCCAAAGAGCCAGUGGAGGAGAGCAAAUGCACUUAUGAAUCUCUGGAAUAUGAAAACCUGAGACUCCAACAAGACAAUGAGGCACUACGUGAGAAACUCAGGGAGACAAAGUUGGAAGUGGAGAAAUUGAAGUCAUAUCUAAAGAAACAUGCUCUUCAUCCUGUGGAGGAGGACUUUUCCUCUUAGAGAUAAACCUCUGCUGAGAGACUGGCGUCAACGCCCUAUGGUGGAAGAUGUUAAUUUUUAUUUAUUGAUCAUGGACAGUGAACAUGUUUUUAAAGAAAAGGUGCAUCUCAAUAAAUUGCAAUAUUAUUGGAAACUUUAUUUAAAUCAUCUAAGUGGCAGGGGAACUGAUUAAUUAUACACAAAAUUUCUAUUAAUUUUGGGAAUUGUGGCGUAUGGGCAAUAAAAGCCCAAGAAUUCAGUGUCUGUCAAUAAAGUUUUUUGUUUUUUUUUAUAAACAGGAAUGUUAUGGAAUGGCUUAAGCAGUCAUGUGUAUGACUGCCAUGUUUUACCUAACAGACACUCAUUGAGACAUUUAAGGUAAUUCACUGAAUGCAAUUUCUAGCGAGUCCACAAACAACAGGAAAUAAAGGAGGCAAAGAUCUGCGACACAAAGCCCAUUUCAAAGCUUUUGGAGAGUUUUGCGAGAUGCUGUACCACCAUACACAGACACAUAUCGCUUUGUAUUUUACUAUUCUGUGCAAUAUAGCUUCACUUUUUGAACUAAUUAUGUAUUUCAUUUUGUUGAGAUGCACCUCUAUCCUGAGAGUUGGGUGACUUGGUAUAAUGUGAUGAAAAGUGAAAUUAAGUUUUAGUGCUGAUUGUGUAUGAAUUUCCUAAGACUACAUUGCAGGAUGAAGUAACAGUUUGUGAAGGAUUUUUGGUGACAUGUAUCAGAAUUAAGCUACAUUAUGAAAACAAGUUAAACAGUUAUGACCAGGCAUGGGCCAGUUUGAGAUUCUGAUAUGUUAAUGCUAAGUAAAAAUGUAUUUACUGUAUUUAGGGG